UUAUCAAGUUGACCAUUUUCCUACACAAUAAUUUUUCAUUUCCAUGCCGUAUUUAAGCAUCAUCCUUAAAUAGACAUUCUAAACAGCAGUGUGUGUCCAGCCAGGGCAGCCAAACAAUGUUCCCAACUUGACAGAAGUGAUAACACAGAAAUGGAUGUGACCAGGUCCACCCAAGCCCCACCAGUGACCAGUAACUCAGCUUCCUCCUGUCCUGUGCUGGCAGAAGUUGCUGUUGGCCAUUAGGCACAUCUGGAUGUGGGUGAUGUUAAUAUCAAAGAGAGCCAGCUGCUUCCCGGGAACAACUUCACCAACGAGUGCAACAUUCCAGGCAACUUCAUGUGCGGCAACGGGCGGUGCAUCCCGGGCGCCUGGCAGUGCGACGGGCUGCCCGACUGCUUCGACAAGAGUGACGAGAAGGAGUGCCCUAAAGCGAAGUCCAAGUGCGGCCCCACGUUCUUCCCCUGCGCCAGCGGCGUCCACUGCAUCAUCGGCCGCUUCCGGUGCAACGGGUUUGAGGACUGUCCUGACGGCAGUGACGAGGAGAACUGCAAUUCUCAUCUUCUUUCCACAAUCUCUGUGCCAGACACCACGCAAGAUGCUGCAGGGAUGACAGAGAUGGGUCAGACACAGACCCUGACAUCCUUGAGCUUAUACUCAACGGCCAACCCCCUGCUCUGCUCCACGGCGCGCUACCACUGCAGGAACGGCCUCUGCAUCGACAAGAGCUUCCUCUGCGACGGGCAGAACAACUGUCAGGACAACAGUGACGAGGAGAGCUGCGAGAGUUCCCAAGCAAGAUGGAAAACCUAUUUGGUCCGACUUCUGUUGCCUUGGAGAAUAGCAGCCCAUUUCCCAGAGCCGGGCAGCGGACAGGUGUUCGUGACCUCGGAGAACCAGCUGGUGUACUACCCCAGCAUCACCUACGCCAUCAUCGGCAGCUCCGUCAUCUUCGUGCUGGUGGUGGCCCUGCUGGCUCUGGUGUUGCAUCACCAGCGAAAGAGGAACAACCUCAUGACGCUGCCCGUGCAUCGGCUGCAGCACCCUGUGCUGCUGUCCCGCCUGGUGGUCCUGGACCACCCCCACCACUGCAACGUCACCUACAACGUCAACAACGGCAUCCAGUACGUGGCCAGCCAGGCUGAGCAGAACGCCUCGGAAGUGGGCUCCCCGCCCUCCUACUCGGAAGCCCUACUGGACCAAAGACCUGCGUGGUAUGACCUUCCUCCACCACCCUACUCCUCUGACACCGAGUCCCUGAACCAAGGCGACCUGCCUCCUUACCGCUCACGGUCUGGGAGCGCGGACAGCGCCAGUUCCCAGGCAGCCAGCAGCCUCCUCAGCGUGGAAGACACCGCCAGCCAUAGCCCAGGGCAGCCUGGCCCUGCGGAGGGUACCGCUCAGCCCAGGGACUCUGUGCCCACUGAGGGCACUGAACAAGUAUAAAUCCAGCGGUUCCAAAGUCCACAUGGGCUCAUCUGCUCCAACGUGUUCCAUUCUAGCAACUUGUGUCCGUGAGAAGCUGCUGAAGCUCCUUUCAGGGUGUCUCAAGUUGAAGUUGGCCGUGGCAGCUGCCUCUCCAUUCAUCUCCUUCCCUACAUGGCGGGAUAUUCUUUGGAGGGAGAUCUGGCAUUUUUCUGGCUUCUUAGUUGACAUGAAGCAUGGCCAUCUUUUGUGUGAGGUCACUGUUCCUACGGGGCCCACAGUCAUAGCCUCAUGUUCCACGUCAUUCUGUUAAUGUUGGAAUCCCUCUGAGUAGCAGAUGCAGAUUUGUGGGCAGCAGGAUGCAAUGAUCUUUGAGAAGCAGUGUCUCUGUGCCGUGUUGCAUGUCCAGAAGGGCAGAAGACACUGGACCAGGUUUUCUGCUGGGCUGCACCCUCGUAGCUCCACUUGGGGAUCUGGGUUGGGUGGUCUUACCAGGAGGCCAUGAACUGGAGGGCCACCCUAAAAUGCGUCCAAGUGCACAUCGAACCUGCCUGGCAUCAUCCUAGCUUUGCUCUCACUUCAGCAGAGGCAGUGGCCAAAGAAAACUUUGACAUGAGGACACCCUUUGGCUCUCAGCAGUGUCAUUUUGGUUUUGUGAAGGACCCUGGGUAGAUUCUGGCUUUAGAAAUGUGCCCCAGAAUCCUUGUUUGGAGAGCAUGUUCCAGCGUGUGGAUCAUCCGCCUCGAACCAGAGAAGUAUCUGAUGAGUUUGACCAAGUUCUCUGCACCAACAUGCUAUCAGAACCUGGGUCUGUGUGGCCCCAUGGUCCUCUCCCUGGCUUCUGCAGGUCACGCCUCCAGCUGACCUGCUGUAGCCAAAGGAUGAGGACUCAACUGGAGUUAGCCAACAGUCUGAUCUGGCCCUUUUCCCCAUUAGACCACACCCUGCCUGUCUUGCUCAUCCAUACAACUUCAACCCCAGGCUCCCAAGUUCCCUCUCUACCCCAGAUUUCACCUGUGCAUUUGGAUCUGAGGAAACAAGAGCCAUAUUCAGUACCUCCCCUAAGAGCUCCCAGCAACCUAUGCGGCUCACACCCUCCUACCCAAUGUCCAGGACCAGAGCCCCAAGUUAGGGUCAGGGUCGGGUCCCUCCUAACAUCCCCGUAGAAUUUCUCCUCUGAGACACAUGGGCAAAUAGACAGUUUGGAGUCAAGAUUUUCCAUUUGGAUUUUUAAAAAUCUCUUAGAAAUGCAUUUGAAACAGUGUGUUUGGUUUUUUUUUUCCCUUCUAGUUAAGGGACUAUUUAUAUGUGUAUAGGAAAGCUGUCUCUUUUUUUUUUUUUGUCUUGUUUUUUCUUUAGUAAGGUCCAAAGAAAAUGCAAAAUGAUAAGUCACCCCAGGCCGACCAGUGUGCCAAGCAUUUGUGCGUUGUCGUCGCGCUUUGAGGUUAUUAUUUAUGGAGUUCUUGAAGGAUGCGGACAGACGUGUCCUUCAGUUCUAGUCUAUAUUUGUGCUAGUUUUCCUUCUUCUCUAUGCCUGGCCAGCCGCAGGCCCCACCCUGUGAGGGAGAUGUGGGUUAAAAACGUAGGCAUUGUUGGGCAAGAAACCACACCAAGGAGGGACAGAACUGGAACCAGGUGGAGCCACUCUGGGCAGCUAUCACCUAUUCAAGCCUUCUUUCCACAGCAGAAGAAACUGUCAAUAACCUAUCUGACGCCAAUUCAAACAGAGCCAGCAGGAAGGGGGGAUGGAGUGGCCUUCAGUGACCCUUUCUGUCGACUUUUCUUUUUUUAACCAAAUCCAAAGUAUAUUACAGGAAAGCUAGCCACUGGGUUUUGUUUUGUUGUUUUUUGUUUUAUUUUUUUUUAAAGUAAAGGAAACUAGUUGCCUUUGUCUUUCAUUUUUAAAAUAGUGCUUAUUUCCUGAAUAAUCCAAUAAAAAUAACUUGGAUGGCAGACAGUGUGUGACUGGCUACACAUGCCAUCUUCUGUGAGUCAGAAUGGCUUUGUUUUUCCCUUUGGUGGGCCCCUGCUUCUUUCUGGUGCUCUGGAAGAUGUUUAGAGGAAAGUAUUCUAAUUUUAAUUAAUUGUGUGGUGAGUUAAUCUCACCCGCUUUUCUGCUUCUAGGCAUCUUAGGAAAAACAAAUGGUUUUAGGAGAUAAGGGGAGUCUAUUAAAUGCUGUUUUUAAAAACAAACACAGGGACAUUUUUAUUACAGAUUUGAUUUUUAAUGGAUUUUAAAUAUAUAUAUAUAUAUAUAUAUAUACACACACACACACACACACACACACACACACACACACACAUAUACAUAUAAAAGACACCAAAGCUGCAGGAUUUUGGAUCCCCCGCUACCACAGUCAAGAUGUCAGAUAAGUGGCUAGCAAUAUUUUUUAACUCAUUCCAACCAGGAUUUUGUUUUUACAUACAAAAAAUCUACACCAACCAGAAAAUGAUCUCUGCUUUCUUUUCUCAAAUGAGAUCAGUGUUUUAUUUUAGCAUUAAGAUAGUUUCACUGUGAUUGCUAGCUUAUUGCCUGACUGUAUUUUCCUCUACUUUAUAAUUGAUGUUUUUUUUU